AUGUUGCAGCAGGGAGAGACCCCCUGUGGGAAGCAGAGGCAAGACGAGCAGAUUGAAUAUGCUUCAGCCGCGCCUACCCACGAUCACCUCCCCCAAGACGAGCAUAAACAGGACAAAGCCCUUGAACUCAUCGAGGAUAUGGGCCGCUCGACCAUACUGACAGCAGAGAGUAACUCCAGGGUUCUCCGGAAGAUCGACCUGAGGCUUCUGCCCCUUCUUUUGGGCAUCUACUUCUUGCAGCAACUUGACAAAUCCACCCUCUCGUACGCAUCGGUUUUCGGAUUGAUUGAAGACGCAGACCUCAAAGGUCAAGAAUACUCCUGGCUGGGAUCGGUCGUCUAUCUGGCACAGCUAGUCGCCCAACCCUUCCUGGCAUACAUCCUGGUGAAGGUACCGUUGGGGAAGUUCCUCGCAUGUACGACCUUUCUAUGGGGUAUAGCGUUAACAUGCAUGACACCUGCAAACACCUUUGGGGGAUUGCUGGCUUGUCGGCUCUUAUUGGGGCUCUUUGAAGCUGGAAUCCCCCCUGCUUUCAUUGCAAUCACGCAAAUGUGGUAUCGUCGUCUCGAGCAGCCUAUGAGACUUGGUUCGUGGUAUGCGAUGAAUGGCGUGGUAUAUAUGUUUGGAAGCUUGAUCACCUACGGUCUUGGUCAUAUUCAGUCUUCAGUUUUAAAGCCAUACCAGAUUAUCUUUCUGUUUUUCGGCCUUAUCACCAUCGUGUUCUCCUUCGUCGUGCUUGCAUAUAUGCCGGACUCGCCGGUAAAAUCUAAAUUUCUCGAGGAAGAAGAUAAACUUUUGGCAAUUGAGAGACUUCGAAUGAAUCAGCAAGGGAUUGAAACCCACGAGUGGAAAUGGGACCACGUCAAGGAGGCAUGCCUUGACAUUAAAUCCUUUUUCUGGUUUGCACUGAUGUUUUCCAUCUCUAUCCCGAGUGGCGGUAUAUCAACCUUUGGUCCGCUUAUCAUUCAAGCUUUUGGAUUUGAUCAGUUCAAGACUAUUCUCUUCAAUAUACCCUUUGGUGCUGUUCAACUUGUAGCAACCAUGGGAGGAGCAUGGCUGGCAACGUACCUUAAAAUGAAGGGACCAGUCAUAGCCCUGUUGUGUCUCCCUGCUAUUGCUGGUUGUGCAAUGUUGCUUGAGCUACCUCAUGAUGAUGCCCAUAAAGGACCUCUUCUUGCAGGAUACUAUAUAAUUUCGGUAUACCCAGCGAUUACACCUAUGAUUUACUCAUGGUCUGCAGGAAACACCGGAGGGGAGACGAAAAAAAAGGUCACCAACGGUAUACUACUCAUUGGACAAUGUGCUGGAAAUGUACUUGGCCCAAAUCUUUAUACAACCGAAGAAGCUCCCCUUUAUCGAAGAGGUCUUCUAUCAAAUCUUGCGAUGUUCUGUGUACUGGUUUUCCUCUCCCUAGUCAACAUGGCAUACCUGUUCUUCCUCAAUAAGAAGCAUGAGAAGAAGCGAGUGUCGAUGGGUAAAAGCGCGAAGAUUAUCGAUCACUCGAUGCAUGCUAUUGGCGCGUUCCAGACGGACAAGGAAGAAUCGUCGGCGCAAAAUGACUUGAAUGAUGAUAAUGCAUUCAAAGACCUGACUGAUUGGGUGAACGAGGACUUUGUAUAUGUCUACUAGAAGGAAUCUCUCCAAGGGGAGCCGCCUGUGGCCGGACGAAGAUGUGUUAU